UAGUUUGUAACUUGCCACGAUCGAGGAAUAAAGUGUUUCCGCUUAAACAAAAAUUUCAAUUCUUUUUAACAAGAACUGAUUUUUAUUAAAGAAAAAUAAUUGAAAUAUUUUUAAACUUAAAACGGAUUUAUUUUUAAAUAUAUACAAAAUGCCGAAAAUAUUUUUAAUUUGCUUGCUUAGUGUCCUUUUGUGCGCAUCAGGUCAACGCAUUACUACAAUUCAUCUCGAUGGGGUACAAUAUUUUAUCAGCCGUAUGAACCCUUACUCUCCGGAAUUGAAUUAUUUCCUUGCUUAUCAGUAUUGUCGUUCAUUGGGUCUACAAUUAGCUUCAUUUGAGACUAAAGAAAAAGCUGAAUCAAUGACAACAUAUCUCAAAAAUGCUGGGUAUGGUAAUUAUGAUUUUUGGACAUCUGGUAAUCGUUUAGGAACGGGUAUGUUCCUCUGGAUGAGUACUGGCCUACCAUUUAAUGCCACAUUUGAUUUCUUCGAAAAUUCUGCUGAUGCUAUUCAAGCUGGACUUUUAGAUCCCACAGAUCAUAACAGUAAUACAUCACCUCAAAGAACAGCACGAGAUAGUAGUAGUGGAGCUGAAAAGGGCUGCGUAAUUUUAAAACAACCUUCACUAAAGUGGAUGCCAGAGGACUGUUCUACUGUUAAGGACUUCAUAUGUGAGCAGACUCGAUGCUAUUAUUACAACUAUGGUAGCAUUCCUGUUUCAUCAGCGCAGGGCCGUCCAAUAACUUCAACAACUCCUCGCCCAAUUGCACCAAUAUUGACCAGUCAAUCCUCAACCACGCCACUGCCUGCAUUAAUUUCAACAUAUUCAUCUUUGAUUAAAAAAACUCAGGAUCAUGCAGAAUUACAGCAACAACCAUCAUUCAUUUCAUUAAGAAUAGAUCACGAAGAUUCUAAAGAUGGCAUAAAUGAAGAAGAACACGAAUUCGAUGAUGCUGAUCUUAGUGAUGAUGAUGAACAGUCUGAAACUCAAAAUACACAACAUGUGCUUGAUGAACAUGCUCGCGAGCUUAAUGAUAUAAAGGAGCACGUUAUGCCCAUGCAAACCAAUGAACUUCAUCGUGAUGAGGUGCAAGCCAUCGAAGAUCUCCAUCAACAACUGCAAGAAGACGAACAUGAAUAUAAUAAAGACUCAAUGCUGUAUGCCGAAAUUAAUAGCGACGAACAUUCUAGUGGUGAAGAAGUCAAUGAUACCAAUGAAAAUAAUACAGAGACAGAAGAACAUGAAAAUGUAAGUGCCCCAGCAAAGGCUACGUCUGUUUCAAGUACGUCAGAAGAGCCAUCAGUCGAAGUGCGUUUAAAACAAAUUUCACAAGAGAUUGAAAAAUUAAAUAAUAAAGAAACUCCUGCUUCAUUGCAUCCAGUUGGCAUAUCGCAUGAUAACGAUGACUUCAGUCGCCAGUCAUUCUUAUCUCUUACAGAUUUAAUAAGAACUUUAAGACCCAACGAUAAACAAAUAAUACCACAAAUUGACUCCGACUAUUCUAAUGCAAUGCGUGUAUUAGGAGAAACAUCAGCACUGGUCAAUAACGAUGAAUCACAUAAAAAGAGCGGAAUAAAUGGAAAUGAUCAUUAUACUCGUUCACUUUUCUAAGCUAGUAUUUAUUAAAUAUUUUAAUAUGCUAAGUAAGAAGAAAGGAUUAUGCCAUGUAAGCAUAUGGCUGGUUUUACCCAAGAGUGAAUUCUAUUUACCACUCUUCCUUAGAACCUCUUUUCUCAAAAAAAAAGUCCAUGGAUUUACUACAUAUAUAGACUUAAGUAAUUUUCUUUGAAUAAAUUUACAAACUUUGGUUUACUUUUAAAUAGAUUAAAUAUUUUAGUUAAGUAUAUAUAAUUUAAUUGGGUAAACAUAAACUGUAUUUUAAACUUAAAUUGCAAUGAAUUAAGCAAUGUAUAAAAUUCUAUAUAAACCGAAAAUAAAAAAGUAGUUUAAU